UUGUAGCCUGCAAGUCCGGCAAGACCGGACAGGUCGCUUGCUUUGCCGGUGUUAUUGAGAUGUCUCCGUCGUGGUGUCUGUGCGAGGCGAACGGAUUAAUAGUCAGCCCGUGAAAUAAAUUAACGCGAUGUCAAGGCUCAGUAAGCCGUUAUAAUAGACUAAGCAGCGAGCGUGAAUCGGAUAUCUUUGCCAAAUGGUCUAAAUAAGUGUUUAGCUGUUGUAACUAGGACACGUUAGCUAGUCGGCUACAUCGCCUGCUGGCUGAUGUACUCCUCUUACGGUGCGGUUUGACGCUAACUAGCUAGCUUACGACCCUGGCUAGGUGUCUGAUUAGUGGUGAAUAGUGAACUAGCUAUAUGUUUUUCAGUUAGGUGGGCGUCGAAAUGGAGCUUUUUCAGGCGAAAGACCAUUAUAUUCUUCAGUAUGGCGAUGUUGCGUUGUGGUACAGCAGGAAGGACGGCUGUAUGAACGUGAGACCCGCAACGGACUUGCUACUAGCUUGGAACCCCAUAUGUUUGGGACUUGUUGAGGGCAUUAUUGGGAAAAUUCAGCUUCAUGCCGACCUUCCUCUGGGCCUAGUUCUGAUCCGCCAGAAAGCACUGGUGGGCUUGUUGCCAGGAAACCACAAGGUGUACAAGAUCACUAAGAUAGCAGUGAUUCCACUUUCAGAAGAUGAACCACAGGAUUUGGAAUUAGAGCUUUGUAAGAAGCACCACUUUGGGAUCAACAAACCAGAGAAAAUCGCUCAAUCUCCAGAUGACUCUAAAUUCUUGCUGAAGACUCUCAGUCAAAUAAAGUCUAAUGUUGGUGGUCCCACAAAGAAAAAGGUCAAAGAGAAUAAAGAAAAGGACCGUUUGGAGAGGAGACUGCGUGAUGAGCUGUAUAAGAUCUUCAUGGACUCAGAUUCCUUUUACUACAGCCACACUUAUGACCUUACAAAUACUGUCCAGAGGCAGGGAGCCUCAGACAAGUCAGAUCUGCCGGUCUGGAGACGAGUGGAUGACAGGUUCUUCUGGAACAAACACAUGAUACAGGACCUGCUUGACCUGCAGGGUCCUCAGGUGGACUUCUGGAUAAUCCCUAUAAUCCAAGGCUUCGUGCAGGUGGAGGAGUUGGUGGUUAACUAUAGGGAGUGUUCAGAUGAGGAGAAGAGCAGCCCAGAGACUCCACUACAGGAGCACACUUGUGUGGACGACAUCCACCCGCGCUUCACUGUAGCUCUCAUUUCAAGACGCAGCCGUCACCGUGCUGGCAUGCGCUACAAGCGGAGAGGAGUGGACACCGAUGGAAAUGUGGCCAACUAUGUGGAGACGGAGCAGCUAAUCCAUGUGCACAGCCACACACUGUCCUUUGUGCAGACACGAGGGUCCAUCCCUGUAUUUUGGAGCCAAGCUGGGUACCGCUACAAUCCCAGACCUCGUAUAGAGAAAGGAGACAAAGAAACCACUUCCUGUUUUGCUCUGCACUUUAACCAGCAACUUAAGAUUUAUCAGAAGCAGGUCAUCAUUAAUCUUGUGGACCAAAAUGGACGCGAGAAGGUGAUGGGUGAUGCGUACCUUAAACAAGUGUUGCUCUACAACAACCCCAACUUAACAUAUGUCUCAUUUGACUUCCAUGAGCAUUGUCGGGGGAUGAAGUUUGAGAAUGUACAGACGCUCACUGACGCCAUCUCUGACAUCAUCACAGACAUGCGAUGGGGCUGGGUGGAUCAAGCUGGAGUUAUCUGUACACAGGAGGGCAUUUUCCGGGUCAACUGCAUGGAUUGCCUGGAUCGGACCAACGUAGUACAAGCUGCUAUCGCCCGUGUAGUCAUGGAAAAGCAGUUGAAGAAAUUGGGAGUGAUGCCCCCUGAACAGCCACUGCCCCUCAAAUGUUACAGGAUCUACCAAGUGAUGUGGGCUAAUAACGGUGAUACCAUCAGCCGGCAGUAUGCCGGCACAGCUGCCCUAAAGGGGGACUUCACACGAACAGGGGAGCGGAAACUGGCUGGAGUGAUGAAAGAUGGUGUGAACUCAGCUAACCGCUACUAUUUGAACCGCUUCCGUGAUGCAUACCGACAGGCUGUCAUUGACCUCAUGAUGGGCCUCCCUGUAACUGAGGACCUGUAUUCCAUUUUCAGCAAAGAGAAGGAGCAUGAGGAGAAAGAGAAGGAGAGCCAGAAAGGAGCACAGGAACAGGUCAGCUUCCUGCUACAGACAUACAUGCAGCUUCUGCUACCAGAAGAUGAAAAGUUCCAUGGUGGCUGGGCCCUCAUUGACUGCGACCCCAGCCUUAUUGAUGCGACACACAAAGAUGUGGAUGUUCUGUUACUGCUGUCUAACUGUGCAUAUUAUGUUGCUUACUAUGAUGAAGAGGCAGAUAAAGUUAAUCAGUACCAGCGACUCAGUUUGGAAGGUUUGGAAAAGAUUGAAAUAGGUCCAGAGCCCACUCUGUUUGGCAAGCCUAAGUACUGCUGCAUGCGACUGCAUUAUAGAAAUGGAGAUACAAGUGGUUAUUUCCACACCUUGCGGGCUGUUACACGGAACCCAGAGGAUGAUGGGAAAGACACUCUGCAGUGCAUAGCAGAAAUGCUUCGCAUAACAAAGAUAGCAAUGGGACUUGACUUGCCAGUAAUAGAAAAGAAAUUGGAAAGGAAGCACAGCAAACCACAUGAAGACAUCAUGGGCAUUCAAGGAAAAUCCACUGAGCAAAUCCUUGGCUCAAGUUUAACUCAGGGCAAAAGCUUCCUGAUGAACAAGUUCUCAUCCUUAAAUCAGAAAGUAAAGCAGACAAAAACUAAUGUUAACAUUGGAAAUUUCAAGCCCCUUGGUAAACUUGGCACCUUCUCCAGGCCAGAGGUGAAAGUGAACUUCCUAAAGCCCAACCUGCGGGUAAACCUAUGGAAAUCAGACAGCAGUUUGGAGACAUCCGAUGGCAACCAAGGCUCUGUAGGCAUUAAAGACCUUUGUGAUGACCACUCAGACCUCGAGAUUUCCUCUGACUCUGACUCCUACAACUCAGAUGAGCAGCCACAUGCAGGCUCCCUGGAAAACAUAGAUUAUGUGCUCCCCAGUUGCGGCAUCGUGGCAUCGGCACCUCGACGUGGUAGCCGCUCGCAGUCUGUCGGAAGUGUCGAGCUUGUUGUGCCCUCUGUCAUUCGUAUCACAGGCUGUGAGAACAAAGUAGGAGACAUUUUGUCAGAAGUUGCCCAAAACGCCCAGUCCCCUGAGGAAGCCUCAGAAGCAGAGGAAGCUAUUUUGAUUGACUUUGGAACACCUAUUGAUGCCUAUUGCCACCAGUUUGUCCAGGAUGCCCAGACUAAGCCAAUAGAGGUGUUUGAGGAACAACCAAGGCUGCCAUCAAACCCACGAAUGCCCCAGUGUCCUGAACGCUCAUCAACUUCAGACACAAAGUCAGAGCCUUCAAACACUCAGCAGCAGCUGCAGCAGCAGCCCCCUCGUCCAUCUCAGCUUGAUGUGGAGCCUUCAGUCCCAGGGGGAAACCUCACCGUCCAGCCCCCAGGAUCCACAGCAUCAUGUAGCUCACAGAAAAGCCUUGGUUCCCAUGUAGAAAGCAGCCUAGGGCCUUCUCCAGCAGAUGGCAGUGGAAGUCGGGUGGUGUCCCCCUUUGCUAAGAUCAAAAGCUCGAUGGUCCAAGUGGCUAGCAUGACCCAGGCUGGACUCACCCAAGGUAUCAACUUUGCUGUGGCAAAAGUUCAGAAAAGUCCAGAACCAGAAGCUGUCAAUGCAGCUCAGGAGGGUGAAUUGCGAGCAAUGUUUGCACAGUGCCAGACUAGAAUCAUUCAGAUAUAGAAUGGACAUUUGCCUUGGGCGGAUAUAUUUUUAGUGUUGAAUGUGACUACAACACAGUAGCAGAAGCAGAAGCUUGCACAAAACGCAUAGUCAAAUAGCAUCCCAGCUCCUCGUUACUCUUCUAGUUAGCUCAUUUUACAGCUAGUGUUGUAUAGUAUGUAGUACACUUAAGCUGAACCUAGCCAUGCCCUUAUUUUGACUAAAGAUCUUAACAUUCAUACAUUACUGGUUUUGCAUGUCUAGAAAUUGGUAAAUCAUAGGUGGAUUGAGACAAGCAAGUUUUAUUGCAUGUCAAGAGACAUGAUGUAGUUUUGUUAUGUGUGACUUCGGAUGUACAGUGCCCUUCUUUGCGUCUAUUGAGUGUUGUAGCUGUAGCCGAAACUUACUACAAAGCCAGAUUCUAACAUCUAUUCAGUUGGCAGCUCAGUGGUAGGCAGCAGAAAAAGUAAAGUUUAAAAAAAAGUCACAUAUAGUCAAAUGAUUAUCUGUUGUGGUGUAUGUCAAUAGAAAUGUAUACCAAAGUAGUACAGUCUAAGGCUAAAUAAUAUUGUCCGGUAUGUAAUUAGAAUAUUAUAAAAGUACUGAAUCAGUCCUUUGAAUUUAAGCCCUUCAUUUAAUAUAUUUAGACAGGAAAAUCUAUUUACAUACAUUUGUUAUGGUGAUUAGAAAGAUACCUGUUCCAACAGACACUUUAAUGCACUCGUGUCAUGACUGACAUUUCUUUAUACAUAUGCAAUUGAAUUAGAAAGGUAGAAUAUGUAUAGUUUUAAUUAAAAUAUGAAUCAUUAAGACACUACUAAAACUAUUAGUCAUAUUUAGUAUAAAGUGUAAUGUAACUAAUAAGCAAAUGCUCAUACUAGGUUACAGGCUGGGAAAAUUGGCUUUCUUUCUACCAUGUGUUGAAUGAUAUUGUGCAGUGCUAAAUAUGAGUCACUUCAUGCAUUUUAAUUCUUGCAUUGUGACAAACCAUAAUCAGCAGCAACAUAGUAAUAUUGUAAAACUAUUACUUUAAUAUAGCUUUAAUCUUUUCACAUUAUAUUUACUUAGGGGAUAUAUUAUCAAAUUAGACAUAUCCUUUUUUUUUUUUUUUUAAACAAGUGACAUAGAUACAAGUAACCUGGUUAUUUUUUCAUAGAAAUGUGAGGUACUAGAAAUAUGGUCAGUCUAUUUAUUUAAAACAUCCCUUUGUUAAAUAUUCAUCCAAAGGGGUAAAAGCUGUUUGCAAGGACCUGCAUCAAAUGGCUGCUGAAGUAUUUGUGGUUAAAAACAUUUUGGUAUUUGAGCAUGUAAAUCUAUUUAAAAUAGUCUUUAUAGGCAAAUAAGAAUUUUAUCGGAUAUAUAUGAACAUUUAACACCGUAGUUUCUUCAGCUGUUAUUUGAUGUAGGUAAGGUGCAAAACCCCAGGCCAUUAAAAACAAACACUGAAAAUGCUUUUUGCUCUCUUAAGUAUUAAGAGUAAGCCUUAUCAGAGUCUUAAAUGCAGGUAUUUUUGAGAAGUCUACCGUCGUAAUAAAUCUAAGUUGUUAUUUCUGGGUAUUACAUUCAGAAUUAUACCACAUCAAUAUGUUCAUUGGUGUUUCAGUGCUCAGGCUUCAGAUCUAACCAUUAGUGUGGGUUACUUGAUUUGAAAACAGAUAUUAGAGGGUUGUUUGAGGGUACUUUACCUCAAAACCCUCAUAUGUUACUAUUUUACUUGAAAAUCCAGUUUAAUCAUUGGUGCAUGUAAAUUCUGUCUUUCUAGCUCAGAUUUGUCAGAUUUGGAGAACCAAGACAAUGAAGACUUUAAAACCUGAAAAUACAUUUUAAGAUUGUCUGUUGCUCCACACUGGGAACCAGUAAUGCUUAUGAUUGUGUAGACUGCAAAUGAGAAUGGAAAAUCAUAUCUUAACUGAAGAGAAAUAUUCUUUACAGAAAACUCAUUGGGAAUUUGGCUGAGGAGAGUUCUGCAUUUAUAAACCUGCAUGUUGAGGAUAAGAGGAUAUAGCAUCAUUAACUUAAAACUGAACCUGAAAGAGGCCUGAAGUUCUGGUAGAUGAUUCCUGAUUUAUAGCAUUCCAAUGCCAUAUAUCAUAGCAUAAUCUGGUUUUGAAGAUUGUGUACUCAAUCAGUCUGGAAUAAAUCUUACAUGGGAUUGACAUGAUCAACGGCCAGCUCAAGACAUGGUCAGCUCAAGGCUGAAGUUGGAGAAUUUCACAGUAAGGCACAUGGGUCUGUAUUUCAUGUAAAGUUUGAUUUUGUUUUUCGUUUCAAUGCUACAUGUGUUGUACAACUGCGUACUAGGUAUAAAGAAGUUAAUUUCUAACCAUGCAAUUAGACUUGACGCCCACUAUCUGAUAGCGGGUACGUCAUUCUGGUACAUGCUGACACUGGUUCUAUCAAGAUUUUAAUAUAGUGGUUAUAAUAUAGUUUUAAUUAUAUGUAUGUUGGGUAAAUGGGUUUUUGUUUGAAGGAUUUUUUUUAACCAUUUGAGAUGGCAUACACUGGACUGGAACCUAACGUAGAACGUUUAUUCAAGGCAUAGGUACAGAACAUUUUUCAGUCUUCUAUAUCACCUAGUGUGUGUAAACAUUCCUCUUGUAUUGGGUGUGUUGACUGUAUCCUUUUUCCUUUUAUUUCUUUGUAUUUUCUAUGCCUAAAGACUUGUACCUUUCUACUUUGUUUUCCUGAAGUUGCUGAAAAAAAGGACCAUUAUUUUACAGAAAGUGCUUUGAAAACCAUUUUAAUUUGCCAUUACAACUUUGUCUGUUUACUGAGAUGUCUGAUAACUGAAUUUUUGUCUUUAAACUGUUUUAUUCGAUCCUGUAGUCUUAAGUUAUUGCACAACAUUUAAGCACACUUUCCAGCACCAUCUAUAUCCUCUUGUCUGGGUUUGAGAUGUUUCCAGCCACUGUAUCUAGAACUGUAUUGCAUUAUUUAGUAUCCUAUUUAUUCUUAAGCUUAUUCAUUGUCUUAAUGUUUGCUAAUAAUAUUGCAAAUGUCUAAAACUGCUGUAUUUGAAAAUGCUAUGGGACACAUUUGGGAGUUUUUUUUCAGUAAAUAAGUCAAAAGAA